GAAAAAAAAUCGGUUCUUGGAGAUAACUGUGAAGUGGGAAGAGAUGUGAUCACGUGACCUUUCACCAGAGAGGGGCAGAUGCACCAGGGAGAGCGAGAGAGCAGUAUCUCGACCCUCUCCGCUGUUGUAUUUUAAUCGUUUCGCAUCAACGAGGUGAUGGGGGUAAGGUUGCUGGUGGCCGUGGCUGCAUCCCUGCUCGUACUGGCGGGGGUUGCCUCGGCCGAUCCACGCUAUGCAAGGCCAGGAGACCACGAGCCCCUGCAGCAGAAGUGGCAGCGGCCCGACCGGCUGGCGCGGCGCGUGUGCUACUACGAGUCGUGGGCCGUCUACAGGCCGGGCGACGGAGUCUACGACGUCGAGGACAUCCCCGCCGACCUGUGCACGGACCUCAUCUACUCCUUCUGCGGCCUCUCCAACGUCACGUGGGAGGUCAUGGUGCUUGACCCCGAGGUGGACAUCGACCAGGGGGCCUACCAGCGCUUCGUGGCGCUGAAGGAGAAGUACCCGAACAUGAAGACCCACAUCGCCGUCGGGGGCUGGGCCGAGGGGGGCAAGAAGUACUCGCAGAUGGUCAGCAUGAAGGAACGUCGAGACACUUUCAUCAGCAGCGUCGUCAAACUCUUGACUGACUACAAUUUCGACGGCUUCGACCUGGACUGGGAGUACCCCGGGGCGACCGACCGUGGAGGCACCUUCGCCGACAAGGACAACUUCUUGUACUUGGUCGAGGAACUGAGGGCUGCCUUUGACACCGUAGGGAAGGGAUGGGAACUAACGUGUGCUGUCCCCGUGGCCAAGUUCAGGCUGCAGGAAGGUUACCACGUCCCAGAGCUCUGCAGUCUGCUGGACGCGAUUCAUCUGAUGACGUAUGAUCUGCGUGGGAACUGGGUUGGCUUUGCGGACGUCCACUCCAUGUUGUAUCAGCGCCCGGGUCUCGAUCAGUGGUCCUACGAGAAACUCAAUGUGAACGACGGCGCCCUUCUCUGGGAGGAAUUCGGGUGCCCUCGCGACAAGCUGGUGGUGGGGACGCCCUUCUACGGGAGGACCUACACCCUGGGGGAUCCUAACAACAACGACCUCCACGCGCCCAUCAAAGCGUGGGUGGGAGGGGGUAACCCAGGGCCCUAUACCAACGCCACGGGAACUCUCGCUUACUUCGAGAUUUGUAGCAUGAUGGUGCAGGACUCUGCUUGGGUGGACCGCUACGAUGACGUCGGUCUUGUUCCUUUCACUCACAAUGGUGACCAGUGGGUGGGCUACGAGGACCCGGCCAGCCUUAAGAUCAAGAUGGACUACAUCCGGGACAUGGGAUUCCUCGGGGCCAUGACGUGGGCCAUCGACCAGGAUGACUACAAGGAGUGGUGCGGCCAAGGCAAGAACCCCAUGAUGCAGACUAUCUUCGACGGCAUGAAGGACUACUACGUCCCUGUGUCCACCAUCACGACCACCAGGGACCCCAACGCCCCCAGCACCACCACCAGGGACCCCAACGCCCCCACGACCACCCUCGGGCCCAUGGACUGUUCGGUGGCAGACUACUGGCCCCACGCCGACUGCGACAAGUACUACUGGUGCUACGACGGCGUGCCCCACGAGGAGACGUGCCCGCCCGGCCUCGUGUGGAACCAGCCGAGCCACAACUGCGACUGGCCGGCCAACGUGGACACCUCCAACUGCAACAUGCCGCCUUCCGCCCGAGUUCCCGAGGGAUCGAAGCAGGAGAAGCGACCUCCCCUCGACAUGCUCGCGUUUAACCACGUCCUCGCCAACGAAAGGAUGGAUGUGGACGAUCUCAUUAAGCUCGAGAAAAUGAAGGACCAAAAACGUCACGGAGUUCCCAAGACCGAUUCUUCUAAGACCGAAGAGGAUUCAGCCGGACCGAAGGAGUCUCCUAAAUCGAAGAAAGUUAAUCACCCUGCUGAGGCCUUGCACGUGGUGAAGAAGAUGCACAAGAAAACACCUUACAGACAGCCCUCAAGACUUCAUGUGUCAUUAAGCAACGCACGUGAGGAGACGUCACGCGUCGUUCGAGGUGUCCAGAGUGACUGGGUACCCGCGCUCUUUCACACUUUCAUGAAGAUGUUGCCAGGACGGUUGGCAGCGGUUGCAGUGGUGGCCGUGCUGGCGCUGGUCGGGGUGGUGUCAGCUGACCCCCGUUAUGCCAGACCUGGAGACCACGAGCCCCUGCAGCAGAAGUGGCAGCGGCCCGACCGGCUGGCGCGGCGCGUGUGCUACUACGAGUCGUGGGCCGUCUACAGGCCGGGCGACGGAGUCUACGACGUCGAGGACAUCCCCGCCGACCUGUGCACCGACCUCAUCUACUCCUUCUGCGGCCUCUCCAACGUCACGUGGGAAGUCAUGGUCAUCGACCCCGAGAUAGACAUAACCCAAGGGUCUUAUCGGCGGUUCGUGGCCCUGAAGGAGAAAUAUCCGAACAUGAAGACCCACAUCGCCGUCGGGGGCUGGGCCGAGGGGGGGAAGAAGUACUCGCAGAUGGUCAGCCUGAAGGAGAGGCGCGACAGCUUCGUCAGGAGCGUUGUGCAACUGCUCACCGACUACGGCUUCGACGGCUUCGACCUGGACUGGGAGUACCCCGGGGCGAUGGACCGCGGCGGCACCUUCGCCGACAAGGACAACUUCUUGAAGCUGGUCGAAGAACUAAGGGCCGCGUUCGAUUCCGUGGGUUUAGGCUGGGAACUGACAUGCGCUGUCCCCGUGGCCAAGUUCAGGCUGCAGGAAGGCUAUCACGUGCCCGAACUUUGCAGCUUGUUAGACGCCAUCCACCUGAUGACGUACGACCUCCGAGGUAACUGGGUGGGCUUUGCUGACGUCCACUCCAUGCUGUACCAACGACCAGACCUCGACGAGUGGGCGUACGAGAAACUGAAUGCGAACGACGGCGCCCUUCUGUGGGAGGACUUUGGCUGCCCUCGAGACAAGCUGGUACUGGGAACCCCCUUCUACGGGAGGACCUACACCCUGGGCAGCCCCGAUAACAACGACCUCCACGCGCCCAUUAAGAAGUGGGAGGGCGGAGGGAGCCCUGGGCCUUACACCAACGCCACAGGAACCCUCGCUUAUUUCGAGAUUUGCAGCAUGAUGGUUCAGGAUUCCGGAUGGGUGGACCGCUACGAUGACGUCGGUCUUGUUCCUUUUACUCAUAAGGGUGACCAGUGGGUGGGCUACGAGGACCCAGCCAGCCUUAAGAUCAAGAUGGACUACAUCCGGGACAUGGGCUUCCUCGGGGCCAUGACGUGGGCCAUCGACCAGGAUGACUACAAGGAGUGGUGCGGCCAAGGAAAGAACCCCAUGAUGCAGACGAUUUAUGAUGGGAUGAAAGAUUAUUACGUGCCAGUGGCCCCGACAUGGAUGCCAACCACCGCCAGCCCUUGGUGGACCCCACCUACUACUACCCGGGACCCCAACGCUCCCAGCACCACCACCAGGGACCCCAACGCCCCCACGACCACCCUCGGGCCCAUGGACUGCUCGGUGGCAGACUACUGGCCUCAUGAAGACUGCGACAAGUACUACUGGUGCUAUGAAGGCGUGCCCCACCUGGAGGUCUGUCCGCCGGGCACCGUGUGGAACCAGGGCCCCCACAUCUGCGAUUGGCCUCAGAACGUCGACACUUCUAACUGCAACAUGCCUCCCCGCGCCGCCAAGCCACGUGCAGGUCCUCUCAAUGUAGUCCACGAGAAGACCAGACACUUCAAGCGAGCUCCAGUGAAGGCAGAGAGCAAGAAAUCACGUCCAAUGGGCACCGGAGUUCGCACUCCCCCGCUACUGCAGAAGGCGAGGAAGGAAAUUCCGUGAGGCGAAGGAGGGAGGUCGUCCCCUGAACAUUUAGGCUAAUUCGGGAACUCUGUUGAAGUUACAGUAUGUGUAUAUAUAUUUGGGAGGGGAUGGCUUUCAGUAAUAUGUAAUAAUCUCCAGUGCUAGUUAUGGAUAGUUCAGUGGUGCCAUUACAUAUAGGCCACUAUAUGGAAAGAUUCCAGUUUAUUGGUAUGCGAAAGAGGUACUGUAGGUAAGAUAAAUUCCAGUUUAAUCAUUUUUUUUACUGCUUAAUGGCCCCUAGAUUGGGAAACCCUGUUCUAAGAAAUUGUUUUUUGAAAUAUAAUAGUAAAUAUACAAAAAUAAAAAGAAUUAAAA